UUAUUCCACCACACCCGAAACCUACUUUUGAUUCUUUACGUCUACCGCUUUCCUUCUGCUUCCACAAUUCUCAUUUCAAUUUUGUAUAAAUCGUUUUGGUAUUUCUAUUCAGUAUCUUUUUCUUUGUUGGUAGUUGAAUUCCGCAGGUAUUGCAUUCCAUUUUGCACUGUGUUUUUGUUGGGUAAUGGGCUUGGUAAAUGAUUUUGGUAAGCACAUAUGCUUGUUGACUGUGAAUUGGAAAUGUUCAGUUUCUUAAUGCUUCCUUGUGAGGAUUGUAUAUUUGCAUUGUCAGAUUUUCAUGGUAUUUUUCUUAUAUUUUAUAGCUGAGAAUAAUUGUUAUUGGUUUUUCUAGAAUUGAAUACGUAUGAUUGGUGGAACCAAGGUCUGCUUCGCUUGCUCCUUGUUUUGGAUAAAAGAUCAAAAUCUGUGGAUAUGGGGUUCUCAAGUUCCUUCUCUUGUUUUUGCUCUACAUGCUGCAUUGGGAUAUAAAUAAUUAUAAAAUUGGGUUAUGUGUUUAAUUGCUCAUUAUACCAGCUACAAUAAAGGUGAGGCCUUGUUUUAGGGACAAUUUUCUUCGCUACGUGGAAAGUCACCUUGGAUUAAGAGGUUCAGAAACAGGGUUAAAAAGAAGUUAAGAACUUCUAACCCAUAGUGGGAGAAUAAUUUACAGGAGUAAUGUUUGUAUUUAAAUGGUAAAAGUGCUUCUGGUAGGGGAAUAAACUUUAAGAAAGCGUGGUUUGUUUUUGUGAGGCUGGUUAAAAAUUGUCUCUCAGAUUGAUGGUAGCUUUUUGUUUCAUCUUAUUUUCAUUUUCAUUGCUGGUUCUUUUUAUAACUCAUAUUCAACUGGUAGGGAGGACCUCUAUUAAUGUGAAAUGGAAUGAAGGUAAAUCUUGAUUAUCAAGGCUACGUGAAUACGAUCGUUUGUGCUCACAUCAACCAGGCUUCAAAGAAUGUUGUCUGCAUGAGUGGCUAUAUCCAAAUGCAGAUGGGCAGUAAGAUCUGCAGUGUAGUGUCUCGAGGAACAUCCAGUUCAUGUUGUUACCGACCAGGGAGAUCGGUAAAUAAACUCAGCAGCUUUUCCCUCUUAAAGAGUCGUCCAUUCGGAAUUGGCCAAAUGCCCCAUGGAAGCUGUUUCAGGUCUUGCUUCUCCAUGGAUGUGGGCAACUCAAGGUCCUUAACGGUUAAUGCUAGAGGAACUCAAAAGCAAUGCCUAGAUAUUUCAUUGGCAUAUCAGGGUAUGAAAAUGAGAAUUUCGACUCCAAGACAAGGAAUGUUUCCCAAAAUCAAGUGUAAUGUGGGUCCAGUGUCGUGGCCACAUGGAUGUGCUUCGGCUGGUUUAAUGUUUGGGUUGCUGAUUUGUAAUUCUUCUGAGCCAUUAUACGCUGAAGCAGCUUAUAAGAAUGUUGAUGAGGAAGACGACGAUGAUUUGUCAUAUUCACAUGGGAAAAAAGUUCAUACUGAUUACUCCAUUAUUGGAAUACCUGGAGAUGGAAGGUGCUUGUUCCGCUCUGUUGCUCAUGGUGCUUGUUUACGGGCAGGAAAACAAGCUCCUAGUCAAAGCCUUCAGAAGGAAUUAGCAGAUGACUUGAGAGCAAGAGUUGCUGAUGAAUUUAUCAAAAGGAGAGAAGAGACAGAGUGGUUUGUUGAAGGUGAUUUUGACACAUACGUCUCCCAAAUAAGAGAGCCACAUGUAUGGGGAGGUGAGCCUGAAUUGCUAAUGGCUUCACAUGUUCUUCGAAUGCCGAUCACAGUAUACAUGCAUGAUGAAAAUGCUGGUGGCUUAAUCACAAUUGCUGAGUAUGGGCAAGAAUAUGGGAAGGAAAAUCCAAUUAGAGUCCUCUAUCAUGGUUUUGGCCAUUAUGAUGCUUUGCAUAUUCCAGGAGUGAGAAGUGGUAAAUCUAGGCUUUAACAUAUGUAUCAAUCAAAGUCCGGAAAUUACCCAUUCAAUUAGAAAGCAUCCAAUAACCAACACAGUAGCCUUGCAAAGUUGUACUCUUUUUUGGCCAAAUAUUAUGUUGUAACUGUACAUUGUUUCCAGUUGAGCUGUGUGCAUGACCUUCAAAUUCUGUUAUUA